GUUGCUGGAGGGUUUUAAAUAAGAAAGAAGUAGAGAAAAAAUGCGUUUUAUUGCGGUAAUUCUAUUGCUGCUGAGUGUUGAUCUUACGCUGGUUCGUAGCCGACCCAAUAUGGAUAAAAUUCUGAAUACACAAAUUGAUAACAUUUUCCUUUCAACCGAUAACCUGGCCCCAGUGGAAGCUGAUAGAUUUUAUUCCAAAAGAGUACCUAGAGAACUUAUUAAAUCCAUAGCUCUUAAAAAGGAGAUACUACUUAAAGAUGAAGGACUAUGUUGCGGCAUAAGCGAUAUAUUGCCAGAAAAACCUGGUCUAUAUGUGGUUAUCUUACCAAUAACACAAUCUAAAGAUAUACUUCUUCCUCAACCCCCAGAGAAAAUAGUGGAAGAUAAAAUUCCGGUAAAAAUCGGAGCAGGCCAGGGAAUAUUGGGAGAAGUUGUUGGGUUAGUAACCGAUGUGUUAGGAACCGUUUUAAAUAUACCCGUUGAACUCUUGACUGAACUCUUAGGUGCUUUAUCGGUCUUAAAGUUCCCCCUAACCGAUGCAGUAGGAGGAGUUUUAAAUGGCUUGGGUGAUUUAUUAGCUUUAGUUAUAGAGGAAGUUUUGAAAGUUUUAAAAUUUCCUAUAACUAAUAAGGCGGGAGUAGUUUUAAAGGAUCCAGUGGCUUUAUUAGAAAUUCUAAUAAAUAAUAGUCCUUUAAAGGUUUUAAAGUUCCCCAUAACUGAUGCAGCUGGUAAGGUAUUAGAUGAUAAAUUGUCAUUAUUAAAGGGCAUAUUGGAUGGCAGUGUUUUUAAGGCUUUAACAUAUCCCCUUAACGAUGCAGCUGGUGUGACCCUGAAAAGCCCAGAUGCCUUAUUAGCCGCCUUAUUUAAUGACAAAGCCUUAACAGCUUUAGGCUUACCAAUUACAGAUGCUGCUGGUAAAAUUAUAAAGGGAAAACAGGAACUAUUGAACACCUUAGUAGGAGGCGCUUUAUCAAAACUAAAAUUCCCCCUAACAGAUGCUGCCGGUGUAGUGCUUAAAACCCUAACAGCUUUAUUGGAUACAUUAUUUUCGGCUGUGAAAAAGCUUUUGCUAGCUAAACUGGAUCUCCCCUUAACGGAAGUACUACAAGACAAAACUGAACUUUUAGCCGUCUUGUUAGAUGGUGAUGCUUUGGGUGCUUUAAAGUUUCCCCUAACUAAUGGCGAUGGUUUGGUGUUGGAAAAUAAAGAUCAUUUAUUACAACUAAUGUUUGCAGCAGGCGUUUUAGCUUUGGAAUAUCCCUUAACUAAUGUCUGGGGAGUGAUAUUAAAGAAUGAGGCCGAUCUAGUGGAUGCUUUAAUUGAUGCUAGUGCUUUGGCAGGCUUAACGUUUCCCAUAACGGAUGCUGAUAAAACUGUUUUAAAAGAUAAAGAAGCUUUUCUGCAGGCCAUGUUGCAGGGGGGCAAAAUACAAUUUCCCAUAACUAAUGAUUGCGGCAUAGUUAUAAAGGAGUUUGCAGAGUUACUAGGUUUAUUACUAGACCCGGCUGCUUUAGACAAAUUAGGCUUUCCCCUAACUAAUGGCGAGGGGGCAGUUAUAAAAGAUAAAACUGAACUAUUGGACGAUAUAAUAAAAGGAGCUUUUUCAAUCUUAAAGUACCCCAUAAAAGAUAGCGCAGGAGGAAUAAUAAAAGAUAAAGAGCAGCUGCUUCAAAUACUGUUUAAAGCCAGUAUAAAACAUCACACCGGAGGAUUAAUAGAAAAUAAAUUGAAAUUACUGGAUACCUUACUUGGGACAAUUGAUAGUUUAACCACACCUUUGACUGGUUUAUUGGGAGGCGUCUUAAAAAAUAUAGAAAAUCCAUUGAAGUUAGUGCUAGACAAAGGUUUGGCAGCCUUAAAAUAUCCCCUAACUGAUGUAGCUGGUGGAGUAUUGAAAACCAAAAUAGAUCUAUUGAAAUUCUUAGUAGAUGCGGGACCAUUGGCUGCCUUAAACUACCCCAUAACUGAUGCGGCAGGAGUAGUACUAAAAGAUACACAAGCCUUACUAGAUCUUCUGCUCAAGCCAGAUGCUUUAGCGGCUUUAAAAUUCCCUCUAACUGAUGUAGCCGGCAAUGUUUUAAAAGGAAAGAUGGAAUUAUUGGAAUCAUUGCUUAAUGGUCUAACAGCUCUAAAGUAUCCUCUAACCGAUGCUGUGGGAAACAUUUUGAAAACUAAAACAGCCCUUUUGGAAACCAUACUUAAUAUUGUGCUAUCACUGCUAAAGCCGGUAACUGAUUUACUGGGAGGCCUAUUGAAUGGACCACCCGCUGUUAAAGUAGAAGCUUUACCUAGCAAGCCAGAUGUAGCAGAAGUUGUUUUACCCGACAAAUCUAAGUUAUUGGAGUUGCUUUUAAGCGGCAAAACUCUUCCGCCAAUUAAGUUUCCAGUAACUGAUGCCAGUGGAGCGGUAAUAGCAAAUAACCUAGAUUUAGUGGAAAACAUACUGGCGGGUGGUUUACUAGCUCUAAAAUUCCCCAUUACCAAUGCUGCGGGUAUAGUUUUGAAUGACCUCAAAGAGCUUUUAGCCGCUCUUUUCGAUGCUGGUCCAUUGGCUGCCCUGAAGUUUCCUAUAACCGAUGCUGCUGGCGCCGUUAUAAAAGAUAAAGACAGUCUAUUGGAAGCUUUUCUAAUGAAGGGUUUGUCAGCCAUUAAAUAUCCCGCUAAAGAUGCUGCAGGGGUUAGUAUAAAAGACAAAGCAGAAGUCUUACUAGGUCUAAGUAAUUUAGCAGCCUUAAAGUUUCCUCUAACUGAUGGAACGGGAGCAGUACUGGGAGAUGAACUAGCUUUAGUAAAGUUUCUUAUUACUAAUGGAUUAAAGGCCUUAAAAUUUCCCUUAACUGAUGCAGCAGGUGUAGUAUUGCCUGAUAUGCUGGCGUUACUAGACUUACUAGAGGGCUUGUUGAAUGCUAAACCCGAUAUCGCCGACAUAUCUAAGUUAUUGGGAUUGCUUUUAAGCGGCAAAGCUCUUCCGCCAAUUAAGUUUCCAGUAACUGAUGCCAGUGGAGCGGUAAUAGCAAAUAACCUAGAUUUAGUGGAAAACAUACUGGCGGGUGGUUUACUAGCUCUUAAAUUUCCCAUUACCAAUGCUGCGGGUAUAGUUUUGAAUGACCUUAAAGAGCUUUUGGCCGCUCUUUUCGAUGCUGGUCCAUUGGCUGCCCUGAAGUUUCCAAUAACCGAUGCUGCUGGUAUCGCCAUUAAAGAUAAAGUCAGUCUAUUGGAUGCUUUUCUUAUGAAGGGUUUGUCAGCCAUUAAAUAUCCUGCUAAAGAUGCUGCAGGGGUUACUUUGAAAGAUAAGGGAGAUGUGAUAUUAGGUCUAAGUAACAUAGCGGCCUUAAAGUUCCCUCUAACUGAUGGUACAGGAGCAGUGCUGGGAGAUGAACUAGCUUUAGUAAAGUUUCUUAUUACUAAUGGACUAAAGGCUCUUAAGUUUCCUUUAACUGAUGCAGCAGGUGUAGUAUUGCCUGAUAUGUUGGCGUUACUAGACUUACUAGAGGGCUUAUUGAAUGCUAAACCCGAUAUCGCCGACAUACCCAAGUUAUUGGGAUUGCUUUUAAGCGGCAAAGCUCUUCCGCCAAUUAAGUUUCCAGUAACUGAUGCCAGUGGAGCGGUAAUAGCAAACAACCUAGAUUUAGUGGAAAACAUACUGGCAGGUGGUUUACUAGCUCUAAAAUUUCCCAUUACCAAUGCUGCGGGUGUAGUUUUGAAUGACCUUAAAGAGCUUUUAGCCGCUCUUUUCGAUGCUGGUCCAUUGGCUGCCCUGAAGUUUCCAAUAACCGAUGCUGCUGGUAUCGCCAUUAAAGAUAAAGUCAGUCUAUUGGAUGCUUUUCUUAUGAAGGGUUUGUCAGCCAUUAAAUAUCCUGCUAAAGAUGCUGCAGGGGUUACUUUGAAAGAUAAGGGAGAUGUGAUAUUAGGUCUAAGUAACAUAGCGGCCUUAAAGUUCCCUCUAACUGAUGGUACAGGAGCAGUGCUGGGAGAUGAACUAGCUUUAGUAAAGUUUCUUAUUACUAAUGGACUAAAGGCUCUAAAGUUUCCUUUAACUGAUGCAGCAGGUGUAGUAUUGCCUGAUAUGUUGGCGUUACUAGACUUACUAGAGGGCUUAUUGAAUGCUAAACCCGAUAUCGCCGACAUACCCAAGUUAUUGGGAUUGCUUUUAAGCGGCAAAGCUCUUCCUCCAAUUAAGUUUCCAGUAACUGAUGCCAGUGGAGCGGUAAUAGCAAACAACCUAGAUUUAGUGGAAAACAUACUAGCGGGAGGUUUACUAGCUCUAAAAUUCCCCAUUACCAAUGCUGCGGGUAUAGUUUUGAAUGACCUCAAGGAGCUUUUAGCCGCUCUCUUCGAUGCAGGUCCAUUAGCUGCCCUGAAGUUUCCCAUAACCGAUGCUGCUGGUGCCGUUAUAAAAGAUAAAGACAGUCUAUUGGAUGCUUUUCUUAUGAAGGGUUUGUCAGCCAUUAAAUAUCCUGCUAAAGAUGCUGCAGGGGUUACUUUGAAAGAUAAGGGAGAUGUGAUACUAGGUCUUAGUAAUUUAGCUGCCUUAAAGUUUCCUCUAACUGAUGGUACGGGAGCAGUGCUGGGAGAUGUACUAGCUUUAGUAAAGUUUCUUAUUAUUAAUGGAUUAAAGGCCUUAAAGUUUCCCUUAACUGAUGCAGCGGGUGUAGUAUUGCCUGAUAUGCAGGCGAUACUAGAUUUAUUAGGGGAACUAUUGAAAGCUACACCGGAUAUAAAAGAAGAUAUUUUACCUGACAAACCGGUAUUAUUGGAUGGAAUUUUGGAGGCCGAACUAAAAGUCCCAAGUGAAGAGCCAGAAGCCGCUUUGCCUGGAGGUAUUAUCACAUUAUUGCCACACCAAAAGCCUUCAUUGUCAGUUGAUAAAGCAAUAAUUUUAGUGAUAUUGGGGGAUGGUACCAUAAAUGCAAAGGAUUUAAAAUUAAUUUUAGGUGAUAAACAAUUUGCCGAAUUAAAAUCGAAAAUAAUGGAAGCCUUACAUGGAGGGGCCCAAGUAGAUGGUCUAGUGGCAGUAAUCCUAGAUUUUCUGGGCGGUGUUUUGGGUUUGGAAAAAUUACUUGAACAAGAUUCAUUUACAUAGGGAGCCUUCUGUCAGAAAAAGUCAAAUACCCCUACCCCUUAAAUUUCAUUAUUUAAAAAUUCCCCAAAAUUUGCAUACAUCUUCUUCUCCCGCCCCCUUUAACACAAACUAAAUAAAUAAAUUAUUCUCUUCGUUUUUUUUUUUUUUUUUCAAAUAAACAAAUAAAGCUGUUACUGAUUUUAUGUUUAAUUUAAUUCCUAUCAAACCCCCUCUAUCCAAAACCCAUCUGCUUUCUGACUAAUGUCAAUAGUACUUCUUGCUCAUACUCAACUUACAGUUAUGUUUAUUUUUCGCAUCCUGCGGCCAUAUUUCUCUUUAACUUUACGUAUUUUUU